CCGCCCGCCCUGCCCCCGGCGGCGCGCGCUCACGCCGGCCCGGGCACGCGCCCGCCAAGAUGGCAGGGGCCGGGGCCCAGCUGUCAGGCGCCGCCGCCGCAGCCCGUCCCUGCAGCUAGCGGCCCGGACGCCCGCCCCGAGAAGAUGCGCCCCCGCUGCCCCGCGAAGCCCAGCGAGACGCGGAGCCGCCGCGCCCGGGGCCGGCUCCCCCGCUAACGCCCCGCGCCCCGCGCCGCGCCCCCGGCCCCGCGCGCCCGCCCCGGCAGCGACAAUGAGUGAACAGAGUAUCUGCCAAGCCCGGGCUUCCGUGAUGGUCUACGAUGACACCAGUAAGAAAUGGGUACCAAUCAAACCUGGCCAGCAGGGAUUCAGCCGGAUCAACAUUUACCACAACACUGCCAGCAACACCUUCAGAGUCGUCGGGGUCAAGCUUCAGGAUCAGCAGGUUGUGAUCAAUUAUUCAAUCGUGAAAGGACUGAAGUACAAUCAGGCAACGCCGACCUUCCACCAGUGGCGAGAUGCCCGCCAGGUCUACGGCUUGAACUUUGCAAGUAAGGAAGAGGCGACCACGUUCUCCAAUGCCAUGCUGUUUGCCCUGAACAUCAUGAAUUCCCAAGAAGGAGGCCCCUCCACCCAGCGUCAGGUGCAGAAUGGCCCCUCUCCUGAAGAGAUGGACAUCCAGAGAAGACAAGUGAUGGAGCCUCAGCAGCACCAGCAACAGCGGCAGGAGUCUCUAGAGAGAAGGACCUCGGCCACAGGACCCAUCCUCCCACCGGGGCACCCCUCAUCUGCAGCCAGCGCCCCCCUCUCGUGUAGCGGGCCCCCACCCCCGCCCCCACCCCCUGUCCCACCUCCACCCACGGGGGCCACCCCCCCUCCCCCACCCCCACUGCCAGCCGGAGGAACACAGGGUGCCAGCCACGACGAGGGCUCCGUGUCCGGACUGGCUGCUGCCUUGGCUGGAGCCAAGCUGAGGAGAGUCCAGCGGCCAGAAGAUGCCUCCGGAGGCUCCAGCCCCAGCGGGACCUCCAAGUCUGACGCCAACCGGGCGAGCAGUGGGGGUGGAGGAGGAGGCCUCAUGGAAGAAAUGAACAAGCUGCUGGCCAAGAGGAGAAAAGCAGCCUCCCAAACAGACAAGCCGGCUGAUAAAAAGGAAGACGAAAGCCAAGCGGAAGAGCCGAGCACCUCUCCAUCUCCGGGGACCCGAGCAACCAGCCAGCCACCUACCUCCUCAGAGGCUGGCCGGAAGCCCUGGGAGCGGAGCAACUCGGUGGAGAAACCCGUGUCCUCGUUACUGUCCAGAACCCCGUCUGUGGCCAAGAGCCCCGAAGCUAAGAGCCCCCUUCAGGCGCAGCCUCACUCUAGGAUGAAGCCGGUGGGGAGCGUGAAUGACGUGGCCCUGGAUGCCUUAGAUUUGGAUCGGAUGAAGCAGGAGAUCCUCGAGGAGGUGGUCCGAGAGCUGCACAAAGUGAAGGAGGAAAUCAUCGACGCCAUCCGGCAGGAGCUGAGCGGGAUCAGCACCUCGUAGAGCCCUCGGCCCCUGCUGCUGCCGCCCGAGACACCAGGCCAGCUGACGGCGGGGACAGCGAGGAGCCCGGCGGCCCCAGGCCUCCAGCACACGGAAGCCCGCACGGAAGCCGGGAUGUGCUUCAUUUAGAAGUCUUAACCUGUGAUAAAAUAUUAAAAUGAGGAAACAAGUUCAAUUUCUGGAUUUUUUUAGAUUCUACCUGACACAGAACACCAGGUCUACUCGCCUUUUUUGUAUUUUAUAUUUGCCUAUUUAAGUGUACAUUUCUUUUGGUUUAUAGAGGACUCCCCAAAUCACGCGCUUCAUUAGGUGGUUUCGAGUUUUCUCCUAGGUGAUGCUGUUAACACCUUGGCUGGCAGUGGCGAGCUGUCCCCAGCGUCGUGGUGGUGAAGUCUGUCCACGCACCGCGGUGUCUGUGUCCACGUGGUAAUAAACGCUUACUGUCCACA